AUGACAUCCACCUGGGCAACAUUUACCUGCAGCUUGGUGUUCCUGGUUGUGACUGGUGGCGUCUGCAGCAUUGAAGUUGUUGAUGCAUCAGGCGAGGAGGCAGUCAGCCACCGUGACGACAUGACGCCCUCGCAACCGUCGGCUGCCUCGCUACAGUCCUCAGAGAAUCUGUCCAGAGCAGAGCUGUUCAAGUCUGGGACGAUCCCACGGUUCUGCUUGCAACACCUACAGUCUACCCCGGUCCCUGUUGGGUCGCAGCCCCGACCACCGGAGUCGUCGCCCGUGGCAACACCUCUUGGUGAGGCAAACUCACGGCAAACCAUCUCGACAGAAGAUGUGUACGAACUUGUGGAUGAGACUGAGUAUUUGCAUCCCACUCACAGUGGGUGGGUUCCAGUCAAGAAACCAAGGGACACAGGUGUGGGAUGCCAACAGUACACCUUGCUGCAGCGACGAGCGAGCAGGUCCGAUGGUGUAGACGGAGUGAGUGAAGUGAAAGACAGAAGGACAGAAAACCAUGCCUACACUCAUCUGCACCAGCCAGGCGACUUUCACAACGAUUUGCAACACGACAGCAAGUCCGCCCCUGAUGUAGUUCGACUGAUACGUCGCAGAAUGAACUGCAAGAGUUUGGAGCCGCUGCAUGCUGGGAGUGCAGGCUGUACAGGCGACACAUCGGACAGCAGCUCCAGCGUGGACACACCCACCAGUGCAGGCUACAGCCUCCAGAAGCCGGUCAUGGAGGUAUACCCCAGAGCUACAGCGGAUAUAACUGUCAUGGCUCCCGCAGCUGACACAGCUUACAUGAUCCCGCAGCUGACACAGCUGUCAUGGCUCCCAUGCAGCUGACACAGCUUACAUGAUCCCCGCAGCUGACACAGCUGUCAUGGCUCCCGCAGCUGACACAGCUUACAUGAUCCCCGCAGCUGGACACAGCUGUCAUGGCUCCCGCAGCUGACACAGCUUACAUGAUCCCCGCAGCUGACAGAGAUUACAUGAUCCCCGCAGCUGACACAGCUGUGUGACUCCUGCAGCUGGUAUAACUUAUUUCGUCUCUGCAACUGAUAGGAGGGGAUGACAUGGACGCUGCAGCUGAAGCUUACGCAGACCCCGCAAGUGGCCAAAGCUGCAGCUGUUAACAACAGCUUUCUGUGAGUGUCACAGUUGCAGCUUUUACUUGUGACGUAAACGACACAGGUAGCGUCACAGCUGCUUUAGUCGAUAACUCCUUUGCAGUGUCAGGAACAGGAAACGGGUGGAAGGCUGUCACAACCUUGUUAAAUGAAACAACUACAGCGAAAGGCAGAGACCAGCAUUCCUUAUUUUCAUUCUAAUCUCUCAGCAGCGCACAUCCGCGAGAGGAAUCAAAGGGACAUAAGUCAUGCAACGCGCAGACCUUUAGUUGGUGAUGAUUGCGUCCCUUGAAAUAGAAGAUGGAAGUUUAUUAACUAUAUAGUGUAUAUAGUGUAUAUAGUGUAUAUGUGUAAACAGGACAUGAUUCCAGAUGGCAGGCCCCUCAAGCAUGGCGUUGUAGGUUCGUCUCACAGAUUUUUGUUAUUAUGAUUUUUACGUUUAUUACAUAAAAAGAUGAAUCUUUUUAUAAGGAAACACGAGCUGUCUCCGUGGUGCAGGGAGCGGGUGGCACCUACCCUUCAUCAUUCCCUAAACACCCCACAGAGGAACUACUAGCAUUUCAACUCUUGCAUCCUGACAGAUAAACAUCAAAUAGUCAAACAGGUGUACGUAUGUGGGUGCGGUUCACAAGGUCAACUUCGAUUGAGUAAACGAAUGAGUGACAGAUGAAUGAUAUAGAAGUGACAGACGAGUGACAUAGAAGUGACAGACGGAUGACAUGGAUAACCUUGGAAUGUCAGACUAGUGCAGCAGCGUUCAAGGGCAGGACUGACAGUUGGAAUUUCAUGACAUCGCACCUGUAGAAAUGUUAGAGAUGAUCUGCCAUGAUAUAAAGUAAGAAAUCACUAAUUAGUACACAGGAUGAUCGAGAAAGAGACGGACAGGCAGAAUUGCAACUUAAUUAAGUAUUAAAAAAAUAUAAUUAAGUAUUUUUAAAUGUGCAAGCUAGAGCCCUUGGAUGAGAGAUAUACGCCUUUGGAUGAGUAUUAGAAUUAAUGUAGAUUUUUGUACAUGAAAAAAUAAAACAUUCCCUGAAAA